UGGUCUUUCAGAUUAUUGAGAAUACUUUGACUUGGGAGGUUUGCUGCUAUUAUCCCUGAUACCAGGCAUACUCACUGUUCUCCUGCUUCACCCUACAUACAAUGUCAUCCCUCAGUUCUUCCUCAACAUUCAGAUCUGAGCGUUACAGCAACUAUAGCCGGCGAUCGUCAGGUGACCCCAGCUUCGAUCAAUACCUAGACGCGACGAGGGAUUUAUUUGAGGAAGAAAUGGACAAGACCUCCUUCAGGAAUGGUCAUUUUGUAAAACCUAGAAAUGAAUCCUUUGGAUAUGCAGCUCCAGUAUCUGGGCGUCAGGGAAGCCUUGGAAAUGUCAACAUUAUUGGUGAAACUUACCAAGUUACAGCUGAUGUCAGUCAGUUUGAUCCAGAAGAGAUCAUUGUCACCAUGUACAACUACCACAUAGUCAUCAAAGCCGAAAAGGUAGCUGCAGAUGGAACCAUCAUAAACACCUUCACUCAUAAGUACCAGCUCCCUGAAGACAUGGAUCCCCUGUCAGUGAGCUGCUCGCGAACUGAUGUUGGUAUUCUUACCAUCAAUGUUAGGAGGAAUCCAAUGAAACAAGCGGAACCUCCACAACCAGUUUUGGACUGAAGUUCAACUGUACAUCCAAUACAUAUUCCUGAAGGAACUGGCUGGUCAGGCAGCAACUGUGGAGGAAAAUAAACAGACAAGAUUUGGGUUGUGGUGCUACUUUAGUCUGAAGAAGGGUCCUGACCCAAAAUAUCUUCUGUCCAUUUCACACAGAGGGCGGUGGGUGUAUGGAACAAGCUGCCAGAGGAGGUAGUUGAGGCAUGGACUAUCCCAACGUUUAAUAAACAGUUAGACAGAUACAUGGAUAGAAGAGGUUUGGAGGGAUAUGGGCCAAACUCUGGCAGGUGGGACUAGUGUUUAGUUUAGUUUAGCUUAGAGAUACAGCGCGGAAACAGGCCCUUCGGCCCACCCGAUCAGCGCCGACCAGCGAUUCCAGCACAUUCACACUACCCUAGACACACACACGGGACAAUUUUUUCAUUUAACAGUUAAUUUAGACAAUUAACCUACAAACCUGUACGUUUUUGGAGCAUGGGAGGAAACGGAAGAUCUCGGAGAAAACCCACGCAGGUCACGGGGAGAAUGUGCAAACUCCGUACAGAUGGCACCCGUAGUCGGGAUCAAACCCGGGUCCCGGCGCUGCAUUCGCUGUCAGGCUGCAACUCUACCGCUGCGCCACCUUGACCACCCAUUGUAGCUGGGACAUGUUGGCUGGUGUGGGCAAGUUGGGCACUCUAUGAAUCUAUUUCCCUCCACUGUUGCUUCCUGACACAUGGAGUUCCUCCAGCAGUUUGUUUUUGUGCUCAGGAUUGUAGCAUCUGCAGUAUCUUGUGUCAGCAGUGAAAAAAAUGCAUUGUUUCCCUGGCUGCUUAUUAAUUCAUACAUUCUGGCUAAAUGAUGAUGGCAAAAUAUAUAUAUGAAUGUUUCUGCUCAAUCUUUGCAUAUGUUUUUUUAUUAAUUUUGGAUAUAUUUGGCAGGUUUUAAUUGUGCAUUUGAUUCAUGUACAUCUUGACUUUGAGGGGGGGUAGAAUAUUGAAUUACUAAAAUAUAACACAAAAUAAUUCGUUUUUUCAUUAUAUCAAAGAAGAUUUGUGCAAAUUCACACUCUGCUGAAAUAUAUAAAGCUUUAUGGCAAGUUCUAGGCUAAACCACUGUUUGAUUAGGUUUAAGAUAGUUAUGGAUAGGGACAGAGAGGGCCCACAUGUUAAAAUGCUAAAUUGGGUAAUUUUGAGGGUGUGAGAGAAAGUCUCAAUCAAGUUGAUUGGGGCAGGUUGUUUCAGGGGAAAGGAACAUCAGCCAAGUGGGAUGUUUUUAAAAGUGUGCUGACAAGAGCUCAGUAUAUGCACAUCCCUGUUAGGCCCCUGUCCCACUUAGGAAACCUGAACGGAAACCUCUGGUGACCUUGCCCAUGACCCAAGGUUUCCAUGAGGUCGCCGGAGGUUUUGGUCACUCGCCUGGAAAGCCUCGAGCUGGAUCGACCGAACUGCGAGCUGCAUCUACCGACCGCACAUACACACACACACAAACACAUCGCGAAGGUGGGGGCCAUGGAGAGCGGUGGAGAGCUGUCUGCACGAUGAAGAGGAAG